AUGAAGGUCGCGCGCGCUUUUUAUGUCGCCUGUAGGUGCGCAGGCCCUACGCUUAGGGACCAUGACCAGGUCCUCGCCGUCCUCAAGCGGCAUGAGGACGUACAGUGGGUCGUCGUUAGACCGGGUAGGUUGGUCGAGGGCGAGGCUAAGGGGCUGCUCAAGGAGAGUGACUCGCCCGGCGCGACCCUCACGUAUGAAGAUAUGGCAAAGUAUAACGUCGAUUUGAUCACUUCGGAUCAAAAUAAUCAUAAGUUCAUUUAUCCCGCGUAUGCUAGCUAGAGUUUCACGAAAAUUCAAAACCCAUUCGUUUGCACUUUCA